GGAGAAGGACUUGUCUGCAAAAUGCAUCAUCAAGAUGGAAGGAACCAAAACCUCCAUCACCAACCUGAAGAUCCCCGAUGGCAUCGCAGGUGAAUCGAUGAGGGAUCGAACCAAAACCUUCACGUACGACUUCUCCUACGACUCCAUGGACUGUAAGAGCUCCUCGUUCGUCUCCCAGGAAAAGGUUUUCAAGGAUCUGGGCUCGGACGUGCUGAAGGCGGCGUUCGAGGGCUACAACGCCUGCGUCUUCGCCUACGGUCAGACCGGCUCGGGGAAGUCCUACACCAUGAUGGGAAAUCCAGGAGAUGCCGGUCUGAUCCCGAGGAUCUGUGAAGGUUUGUUCAGCCGAAUCUCUGCGGCGACUCGAUGGGAUGAAGCUUCAUUUCGUACAGAAGUCAGCUACCUGGAGAUCUACAACGAGAGGGUGAGGGACCUGCUGAGGAGGAAAUCCACUCAGACCUACAACCUGAGAGUCAGGGAGCACCCAAAAGACGGGCCGUACGUAGAAGAUCUGUCCAAACACCUGGUUCAGAACUACAGCGAUGUGGAGGAGCUGAUGGAGGCCGGAAACAUCAACCGCACCACCGCCAGCACCGGCAUGAACGACGUCAGCAGCCGCUCGCACGCCAUCUUCACUAUCAACUUCACACAGGCUAAGUUCGAUGCGGAGAUGCCCAGUGAGACGGUCAGUAAGAUCCACCUGGUCGAUUUGGCCGGCAGUGAGCGAGCCGACGCCACCGGAGCGACGGGCGUCCGACUGAAAGAAGGAGGAAACAUCAACAAGUCGCUGGUCACCCUGGGCAACGUCAUCUCCUCUCUGGCUGACAUAUCACAGGACGGCGUGAACACCAACCUGAAGAAGAAGUCGGUGUUUGUUCCCUACAGAGACUCGGUGCUGACGUGGCUGCUGAAGGACAGCCUGGGCGGCAACUCCAAGACCAUCAUGAUCGCCACCAUUUCCCCCGCUGAUGUGAACUACGGCGAGACGCUCAGCACUCUGCGGUACGCUAACCGAGCCAAGAACAUCAUCAACAAACCCACCAUCAACGAGGACUGCAACGUCCGGCUGAUCAGAGAACUGCGGGCUGAAAUCGCCCGACUGAAAGCUCUGCUGGUUCAGGGCAACCAGAUUGCUCUCCUGGAUUCACCCACUGCUCUCAGUAUGGAGGAGAAGCUGCACCAGAAUGAAGCCAGAGUUCUGGAGCUGACGAAAGAGUGGACCAACAAAUGGAACGAGACACAGAACAUUCUCAAGGAGGAGACUCUGGCUCUGAGGAAAGAGGGGAUCGGUGUGGUGUUGGACUCUGAGCUGCCUCACCUCAUCGGCAUCGACGACGACCUCCUGAGCACCGGCAUCAUCCUGUACCAUUUAAAGGAGGGACGGACGUAUGUGGGCAGAGAUGACGCGUCCACAGAGCAGGACAUCAUCCUGCACGGUUUGGACCUGGAGAGUGAACACUGUAUGUUUGAGAACCAGAACGGCAAAGUGACCCUGGUUCCCCUCGGUGGAGCUCAGUGUUCAGUUAACGGAGUUCAGGUGUCGGAGCCGUCGCAGCUCAACCAAGGCGCCGUCAUUCUGCUCGGCAGGACCAACAUGUUUCGGUUCAACCACCCGAAGGAGGCGGCGAAGCUGAGGGAGAAACGGAAGAGCGGCCUGCUCUCUACGUUCAGCCUCUCUAUGACGGAUCUGUCCAAGUCCUGUGAAAACCUGUCCACUGUGAUGCUCUACAACCCCGGUCUCUUCACUGAGAAGGGCCCCGUCUUCCUCAGGUUGGAGUUUGAGAGACAGCAGCGAGAAGAGCUGGAGAAACUGGAGCUGAAAAGGAGGCUGAUCAAGGAGAUGGAGGUGAAGCACCAGAGUGAGAAGGCAGAGCUGGAGCGCCUGCAGCAGGAGGUGGAGAGUCAGCGUAAGGAGUCUGAGGAGGUACAGCAGCGGAUCCUCCGUCAGGAGGAAAGCCUCCGCCGCCGCAGCCAGGACAUCGAGAGCCGCCUGCGAGACUUCCUGGCCGAGAAGGAGCGAUUUGAGGAGGAGAGACGCUCAGAGAUCCAGGGGCCAGACCUCCAGCAGCAGAACCAGCAGGACGAGGGCCGAGCAGAGGAGGAGGAGCAGCGGCGGCAGCAGGAGGCUGCAGAGCAGACUGAGAUCUACCGCGAGCUGGAGAAGCUGAAGAGGGAGCGCGAGGAGCAGAAGGUUCGUCUGGAGACUGAGCGGCGGCGGCUGGAGGAGCAGGAGCGGGAGCAGCUGAGCCUGGUGGGGAGGUUGGAGGAACAGCUGAGAGAGAAACACGAGGCUGCAGCCACCAUGCUGACCCGCGAGGACGCACGCCGCCUGGAGGAAGAACGUCGAGCCCUGGCUGAGAUCAGAGAAGCGCUCCUCCGUGCCAAAGAGGCUGGAGAGCGGCCAGAUGUGGAGGAUGCCAGCGAGGAGGCGAAAUCUGCCCAGGCUCGAUACACAGACUUCAAGGAGGCUCAGGUGAAGGAACUGAACCAGCUGGAGGAGGGACUCCGGCAGCAGAGGGAGCGCCUGGAGAAAGAGGUCGCUGCUGAGCGCAGCACGCUGCUGCUCCUCGCCCACGGCCUCAAAGAACGACAACAGCAGCUGAAAGAGGAGCAGGCGAAGGGGGCGCAGGACGCUACAGCUGUCUGCCAGGAGGAGCAGCUGGUCAAACAGGCGGAGCACAGAUUGCAGUUCAAGGAGCGACAGCUGGCCAGUGUGACCGAUGGCCUCCUCCCCGCACUGGCUGAGGAGAAGCAGAGAGCCGCGGAGAUGCUGGAGCGCAGCGGCGGAGGAAGCAACGGGAACUGCGACAGCCCGCCGGGGCUCGACAACACGCUGUACCAGGUGGAGAAGGAGCUGGAGGACAAAGAGGAGAAACUGAACCUCCACUGGCACAGCGCUCAGCAGCUCCAGCAGCUCCAGGAGACCUUCGAGUUCACGGCUAACGUGGCGCGCCAGGAGGAGAAGGUGAGGAGGAAGGAGAAAGAGAUCCUGGAGUCGAAGGAGAAGCAGCAGAGGGAGGCGAUGGAGCAGGCGGUGGCCAGGCUGGAGAGGAGGCACUCGGCCCUGAGGCGCAGCGUCUCCCUGGAGCCCGACACCGAGGAACAGAGACAUAAGAGCUCAGUCAGCAAGAACCCGAGGACGGGGACCGAACUGGACCAGCAGAGAGUGGAGCGGGAGAUCCAGAAGCUGAGACAGAGGAUCAGUGAAGGGGAAGAAAACAACAGGACUCACUCCAGUAACGACGAGAAGACGAGUCACACCAGCUCCCCGGUCAGCCACAUCCAGAGUCUGAACACACUGCUGCCGCUGUCAGACGACCGGAUAAAUGCGUACAUUGAAGAGGAAGUCCAGCGACGGUUACGUAAGAUGAAUCUUCUCAAUGGCAGCAGCAGCAACAUGGAUCUGUCUCUGUCCAGUGAAUCUCUCAAGGAGGAGGAAGAAGUUAGCGACUGUAGCUCUGUUAGAUUAACAGAUGAGGAUGAUGACAAGCUGCAAAACAUUAAUCCAAGGAGGCUUAAGUAUGAGCACCUGGUCUCUCGUUCUCUCGGGACGAGCUCCGACGGCCUUCAGGAGCCCGUUAAAAUUAGCAUUCCUCGUUACGUUCUCCGCGGGCAGGGGAAGGACGAACACUUUGAGUUCGAGGUGAAGAUCACUGUGAUGGACGAGAUGUGGACGGUGUUCAGGCGUUACAGCCGCUUCCGGGAAAUGCACAAGAGCCUCAAAUUAAAAUAUCCAGAGCUGGCAGCUCUCGAGUUCCCUCCAAAGAAACUGUUUGGAAACAGAGACGAGCGGAUGGUCGCUGAGCGCCGGAAUCACCUAGAGCGUUAUCUGAGGAACUUGUUCCGGGUGAUGCUGUCGUCCUCCAGCUCUCCCCUCAGAGCCGACGCGGACGGCGGUUUCCAUCUCACCAAGCACGCCAUCGGCGAGUUCUCGCCAUUCUUCAAGAAGGGCGUCUUCGAGUACAGCAGCCACGGCACCGGCUGACUCGCCCGCCAAAGCGCCUGAACGAGCAACAAACAGAAACUGCUCGGUGCCUUUUCUCCGGGCCUCGGCUCGGGAGAACCGCCUCAGAAGGUCAGUUUAUUGUCCAACACGAAGAUCUCAAUCAGUUUCAGCUCCACGUGGAAACUUUAUCAUGAAUGUUAAGGUAGGAAAUAUUAAGCACUCUGUUUAAAGAGUUUUAUUUCUACGUUGUGUAUCCAGAGAAACCAGGUUUUCAGCGGACUUCGUACGAUCUUUGUUCUGUUUUUUGAGUUGAUGAUGGAAACAAACACAUUCUGGCAAUAAACAGCUAAAUAUUAAAUAUAUUCACAUGCAGCUAUGAUAUUUAUGUCACGUAGUCUCUAAAAGUAGAACACAACAUUAACGCAGGCAGGCAGCUCAGUGGAGAUCCAUCAGCAACAAAUUAACAAAUUUCAUCAUCAAUUACUUGUUUAUCAAAGAAAAAUUCUCUUAAUUCAGCUUCUAAAAUGUGAUUUGCUGCUUUUCUCUGUUUAAUAUCAGUAAACUGAAUGUCUCUGGACAAAAUGAGGCAUUUGAAGAUGGGAACUUGGGGCAUUUUUCAGUAAUUUCUCACAUUUUAAAGACUAAAUCAGUUUACAAAAGAAAGAAUCAAUGGCAGUGGUCAGUGACUGCAGCCGUAGUUCAAUCACACCUGGAUCUCCUGUCGGUGAGCGGCGGGAGGCUUUACCACUGGCAGGAGAACGGGUUCCAACAGGUCUCAACAGUGUGAGAACAGGAAGCUGGUGCCUGUUUACGUCGUAGAAGAGUGAACAUUAAUACAGAGUAUCUGUAAUGGGACUGUUGUGGUCUCGCUGUGGCUCCAGUUCUGUUUGUAGUUAGACUGGAAGUAAAACACAAACUCCGUGUGACCUUAUAUCAGAUCUGCAGUUCUGCUGUAAAGUUGGCCGUUGUAACAUGGGGCCUUAUGGAGAAUGACUCACUGCUGGAGCCAGCCUCUAGUGGCCGUUAGAGGAACUGCAGGCAUGCUCGACUGUCAUUGGAUCACACAGCAAAAAGGGGCGGGACUUAGGAUGGGUCAGUUCUAAACAUAUUUGUGCCAUUUGAAAAGUUUUCUCUGAAGUAAUGUGUGUAAAGGCUCAAUUUAUCUUUAUCCCAAAGAUUGUUUUAGUGCCACCAAACUCCAAACCUUCACCUUGAUAUUCGUCUUAUUCCCCAAAUGUAGUUUUAUCCUCCCUCCUGAUGGGACCUGAUGACUGUGCAUUUAUUAGACUGCAGUGUUUCAAAAGACUGAACGCCUCUCUGUUUCUUCUCUGUGCUCUAAUUUUAUUGAUUUUAAACACCCGACUGAUCGUUAAUGUUAAAUUAGAUCCUCGACUCCACAAACCUGUAAAAUAAAUGAUCAGAGCACAGAGACGCAGCCUCAGCACACACUCAAGAUUUCCCAGAUUAAAGGUCGAACAGGACAAAUAAUUCACUCAGAGGGAGAAACUCUGUCCCUCCAGCAGCUCAGCACUUUGUACUUCAGAGCUGGUUUUACUUUUAAUAUAAAUGUGUCAGUGAGUGAAUCCGAUUGGAUCCUGAAGUCUUCCACAGCCUCACUGUCUGAAUAUGAACACAUGAACCACUGACUGCUUUCUUCCAUAAGCCAUACUGUGUGUAUAUAGAAUGUAAAUGUUGAUGUGCAUAGUUUUUCUAUACGAUUAUGCUUGUAUGCAAUGUAAACUAUUGGCAUUGAAUGUCAGUAAAGGGAAUGUACCACAACCUUCA